CGCGCCUGCUCAGUGCGCGGGGGCCGGGUGGUUUCGCGCCGGCCUAACCUCGCUCCGAGCUGCAGUACUGCUGUCCCGGGCUGGUUGGUGAGGAAUGGAGCCGGGGGGUGGCAGCGGUGACCACCGCGGCUCCUCCUCCGCAGACCCACGGGGCACCUUCGUGUUGAGUAACCUAGCGGAGGUGGUGGAGCGUGUCCUCACCUUCCUGCCCGCCAAGGCGUUGCUGCGGGUGGCCGGCGUGUGCCGCUUAUGGAGGGAGUGUGUGCGCAGAGUGUUGCGGACCCAGCGAAGUGUGACCUGGAUCUCCGCGGGCUUUGCGGAUGCUGGCCGCCUGGAGGAGCACUGCUUGGUCCGCGUGGUGGCAGAGGAGCUUGAGAAUGUUCACAUCUUACCACGGACAGUUCUUUACAUGGCUGAUUCAGAAACUUUCAUUAGUCUAGAAGAGUGUCGUGGCCACAAGAGAGCAAGGAAAAGAACUACCAUGGAAGCAGCAUUUGCCCUUGAGAAGCUAUUCCCAACACAAUGCCAAGUCCUCGGGAUUGUUACCCCAGGAAUUGUAGUGACUCCAAUGGGAUCACGUAGCAAUCGACCUCAAGAAAUCGAAAUUGGAGAAUCUGGUUUUGCUCUAUUAUUCCCUCAAAUUGAAGGAGUAAAAAUACAACCUUUUCAUUUUAUUAAGGAUCCAAAGAAUUUAACACUAGAAAGACAUCAGCUCACUGAAGUAGGUCUUUUAGAUAACCCUGAGCUUCGUGUGGUCCUUGUAUUUGGCUAUAAUUGCUGUAAAGCAGGAGCCAGUAAUUAUCUGCAGCGAGUAGUCAGCACUUUCAGUGAUAUGAAUGUCAUCUUGGCUGGAGGCCAGGUGGAUAACCUGGCAUCACUGACCUCUGAAAAGAACCCUCUGGAUAUUGAUGCCACAGGUGUGGUUGGACUAUCAUUUAGUGGACACCGAAUCCAGAGUGCCACAGUGCUUCUCAACGAGGAUGUCAAUGACGAGAAGACUGCUGAGGCUGCGAUGCAGCGCCUCAAAGCAGCCAACAUUCCAGAACAGAACACCAUUGGCUUCAUGUUUGCAUGCGUUGGCAGGGGCUUUCAGUAUUACAGAGCCAAGGGGAAUGUUGAGGCUGAUGCAUUUAGGAAGUUUUUUCCUAGUGUUCCUUUAUUUGGCUUCUUUGGAAAUGGAGAAAUUGGAUGUGAUCGCAUAGUCACUGGGAACUUUAUAUUGAAGAAAUGUAAUGAGGUAAAGGAUGAUGAUCUGUUUCAUAGCUAUACAACAAUAAUGGCACUGAUUCAUCUUGGGUCAACUAAAUAAAGCCACCUGUAAAGUGGCUUUCACAAUGUAACUUCAGGCUCUGCCUUUUCCAGAAAAUGGAAACUUGGGCUAUGUGUAUUUCAAACACAAAUAACUUUAUAUGUAUCUGUUUUGUAGCUUUGAUGCUCUGAAGAUUACAUUGGGGGUAGUUUUUAAUAUAUUAGAUGAAAGACAACUUUGUACAUAUCAUAACACAUAGUGAGAGUUGAGAGCUUUUACAUCAGGUACAAGCAAACCAAUCAUGGCUGUAUUGCACCCGAUUACGUAGCUGCUGUGUAACGUAACUUGUCUUCUGCAUAGGAGGAUUGAAAGAAGAGUCAUCAAUAAGAUGGAGAUCUAAGACAUUCCAUGACUACCUCUGCAUUGUUAGGUGAUCUUUUAGCAGAAUUAUGAAGACUGUUUUUUCUCCCUUAAUAAAGGAGAAAAAUAUA